UAGGGUUGUGGAUGACUGAUUUCAUGUUUAGUAAAUUGUAACUUGGAAAACCCUAGUUUUUGUGUGUCUUCAUCAGCUGCAGCUGAAAACAGUGAAGAAUAGAUGCUAGAUGAUGGUGACCAUUUGAUGAUUCAACUCUACUUAUUAAGAUUUGAUGCUAACCCACCCGAUUAAGCCGAAAAUAAGAAUCAAAUUGUCAUAAAAAGUGGUGAUUUGUUAGUUGCAUCCGAUUGUUGUUUGUUUUCAAUUAAUUCGCUAAGCUUUCCCCCCUCCAUGGCCUUAAAUUAAGGUUUAGUUAAUUGCACGUCUGAUCACAUGGUGCGUACAUUCUUUCGUAAAUUGUUGACAUACUUAUCUUCUUCAGAAGAUAGCGAUGAUGAUCUUAAUGAGGAUGUCGAAGGACAAUGUAUUCGCAAACGUCGUAAGUUCAUUCGACGUGAUCAUAUUCAAGGACAUGAGUGUCUGUAUCGCGAUUAUUUUGCUGAAAAUCCGGUAUAUUCCGCAAAUCUAUUUCGUCGGAGAUUUCGGAUGAGUCGUCCUCUAUUUCUCCGUAUUCUAAAUGAGGUAGUGGCUAACGAGCCAUAUUUUGUCCAAAGAAGAGAUAAUGCCGGAAGACUUGGUUUAUCUUCUAUGCAAAAGAUAAUUGCAUCACUUAGAAUGUUGGCCUAUGGGGUUACUACAGAUUUCAUGGAUGAAUACAUAGACAUCGGUGAAAGCACCGCAAUGGAGAGCCUCAAAAAAUUUUGUGAAACGAUAGUAAGUAUUUUUUCAGCUGAAUAUCUACGGUCACCAAACACCAAAGAUAUUACUCGAUUACUUGCUAUUGCGGAUCAACGAGGAUUCCCUGGAAUGCUCGGAAGCAUUGAUUGUAUGCAUUGGAAGUGGAAAAAUUGUCCCACAGCCUGGAAAGGUAUGUACAUUGGCCACAUUCGUGAACCCACUAUUAUUUUGGAGGCAGUUGCUUCAUAUGAUCUUUGGAUAUGGCAUGCAUUUUUUGGUAUGCCCGGUUCACUUAACGACAUUAACGUGUUAGAGAGGUCGUCUAUUUUCACGGAACUUGAGCAAGGGUGUGCUCCUCCAGUCAAUUACACAGUAAAUGGCCACGAUUAUACUAUGGGGUAUUACCUUGCAGAUGGUAUUUACCCUAAGUGCCAAACUUUUGUGAAGACGAUUCCAUCACCAAGAGGGGACAAGAAUAAACAUUUUGCAAAAGCACAAGAAUCUGCAAGAAAAGACGUCGAGCGAGCCUUUGGUGUACUUCAACAACGAUUUGCAAUAAUUCGAGGACCUUCACGAAUGUUCAAAGCGAAGGUACUGACAAGUAUAAUGAAAGCAUGUGUUAUUCUUCAUAACAUGAUCAUUGAAGAUGAACGUGAUGAUGAUGACAAUCUUAACAUAGAGUAUGAUCAACUUGACGAUGAUCUCCCCGAAUUGUCGCGCACUCAUACAAUUGAGAUUAUGGACUUUAUCCAACGGCGUCUUCAUAUUAGAGAUAGCUUGGCACAUCAUCAGCUUCAAGAAGAUCUAAUUGAACAUCAAUGGCUACGAUUUUCCCAACAUUAACCAAUGUCAAGUUUAGUGAAUGUUAUAAGUUGGAGUUAGAAACAUGUUAAGUGAUAAUCAUUAUAAUUAUUUAUGUAUGAUCAAAAGUUAUUAGCUUAACUUUUGUUACUUUAAGUUUGC